CGUCCGUGUCUUCCCCGUCAGCCAAUCCAAAUCCACCAAACCUAAACUAGACACCCAGCGUGGACUCGCCGGUAACGCCAGAUAUGUUCGUUUGAAACACAGCUCAGAGAGGGAGAGAGAGCGAGAUCGGUCUCUGAAUUUCGGAUUCGGAGAGAGAUAGGGAGAGAGAGAGAGAGAUGGCGAUACUGUAUGCGGUGGUGGCUCGGGGAACUGUGGUGCUGGCGGAGUUCAGCGCGGUGACAGGGAACACGGGGGCGGUGGCUCGGCGGAUCCUGGAGAAGCUGCCAGCGGAGGCCGACUCCAGGCUCUGCUUCUCUCAGGACUCCUACAUCUUCCACAUCCUUCGGUCCGAUGGCCUCGCGUUCCUCUGCAUGGCCAACAACACCUUCGGCAGGAGGAUACCUUUUUCUUAUUUGGAGGAUAUUCACAUGAGGUUUAUGAAAAACUAUGGCAGAGUGGCCAACUAUGCGCCUGCUUAUGCAAUGAAUGAUGAUUUUUCAAGGGUCUUGCAUCAGCAAAUGGAAUUUUUCUCUAGUAAUCCUAGCGCAGAUACUCUAAACCGUGUAAGAGGUGAAGUUGGCGAGAUACGUACUAUCAUGGUGGAAAACAUUGAGAAGAUACUGGAGAGAGGUGACCGAAUUGAACUUCUUGUUGACAAAACUGCAACAAUGCAAGAUGGUGCAUUUCAUUUCAAGAAACAGUCCAAGCGCCUUCGUCGAGCUCUUUGGAUGAAAAAUGCAAAGCUGUUGGCUCUGUUGACAUUCGUGAUUGUUUUGUUGCUGUACAUAAUAAUUGCUGCUUGCUGUGGAGGCAUCACCCUACCUUCCUGCAGAUCUUGAUUUCCAUUCUUGCUGGUAUCAAAGUUCUGCUGAGGUAUGCACCUGAUGGCUUUUCACAUGAUGACUGUCCAUCUUUCUUAGAGAAGCUACGAAGGCUUCACUGUCCAUAUUUUUGAGGGGAAUGUGGAAAUAUGAUAUCUUGAUUUCUGUAAGGUUUCAGAAAUUUAUCUUGUAGCUUCUCUUGCUAUUGUUGUCCUUGGUGUGAGUAACCAAUGUUUAUCCUUGUUCCUGGGAAGCCUGAUGAGUGCUAUUGCAUGUUAUACGUCAUCUUUGUAUUGUGUAAAUCUAUAAUUUAUAGUCAAUUCAUUAUUUAGUACACAGCGGGGAUUAUGUUUUUUUGUAAUAUCAAAACUCGAUCUGCUCUUUCACACAACUAUCAAUCAAAUAACUGGUUCUGCUUU